AUGGCGACGAUGACCGCGAUGGCGGUAACCGCCGCACCGCGCGUCGCACGCCGGACCCGCGCGCCCGCCGCGACGUCCACCGCUUCGCCUCUCCGCGUCAGCACGAGCGGCCGAGGGAAAAUGACGUCACCGCGCGGCGCCCGGUUCCCCGCGCCUCCCCGAGCCGCGGUGGAUGACGACGACGGGUUCGCGCCCAAUUCGUUGGGAACAGUCGGAGCCGCCAUCGAGCUGCGCUCCCGUCUCCGAGACAUCGACAUCGAGCUCGCGAACGCCCGGGGAGGGCCGGGCGGCGACGGGUGGGAGAAGAUAGCGGGAUCGUGGGUCAGGUGCCCGCCCGGGCGCGCGUGGGGGGUGGUGCACUUCGUGGGCGGCGCCGUGCUGGGCUCGUAUCCCCACAUCGCGUAUGACGCAUUCCUCAGGCGCCUCGGCGACGACGCUGGCGUCGUCGUCGUCGCGACGCCGUACGAGCUCGGCGUGGAUCACGGCGCCAUCGCGAGGGAGUGCCAAUCGUCCCUCGACGCCGCGUGGAGCCGAGCGGCGGCGAGGGAGGGGUACGACACCGCGACGAUGCCGGUGUUCGCCGCGGGUCACAGCCUCGGGUGUAAGCUGCAGCUCAUCGCCGCGUGCGGGGACGGCGACGGGGGGGACGAAGCGGUGGAGACUGUUCGCGGGUCGAGAGCCGGGCACCUCUUCGUGUCGUUCAACAACGCCACAGCCGCCGACUCUGUCCGGCUGCUGGAGAAGUUCGCGAGGGAGCUCCUGAAGAAACGCGCCGAGGGCGCGAUGGGGGGUAAGGCUGACCAGAAAACCAAGGACGCGUUCGACGGGUUCAUGAGGAACAUGCCGAACCUGACCGCGCUGGCCGAGAGAGCCGCAGCCGCCGCCGGGCUGGACUUUACGCCGUCGCCCGAGGAGACGCUGGACGCGGCGAAGCGUCGAUUCGUAUCCCCGAGGGUGAAGCUGGUGACGUUUCAGGACGACGACCUGGACCAGAACGACGAGCUGGAGGCGAAUUUGCGCCGACGGUUCGAGUUCCUCGUCGCGGGAGAUGCCCCGAUGUCGAAGACGACGCUGCCGGGCAACCACCUCACGCCGGUUUUUUUUCGAUUCGACGGCGCGAAGCUGUCGCCGGCGUUCGCCAAGCUUGGCGGGCUGAGCGUCGGGGACGAGGAGGCGGUGACGCGAUUGGCGGAGGAGGGGGUGAAGUUCCUGAGGGGGAAGUGA